UUGACACUGGUGGUAGGAAUGGCGGCUAAGAUUACUACAGGAAGGACCCCAAAGACCAAGAAACUUUACUUCUAACGGCCCCGCUGAGGAAUCUGUUUGCAGCGAGACGCGGACAAGCCAUCGCACAGCGGAUCGAAGGGCGAAGAACGGCCACAACGUGAGAUACACGCAGGAGAAGUCCAGGCUGACUAAGUGGACGCACUUUGCGACUCGCUAGUUAGCUUAACGUUAGUGCCACUGAUUUUGAUUCAAGGUAGCCGUUAGCUCGCCGUACUGCUAGCCAGCUGUUGGCUAUUUGCCUCGGCUGGCCCAACAAGUUAACGAAGUAAUUAACUGUAUGAAAACAUUCAUUGUUUGAAUAUCUGAGCGUUGACCAGCUGUCGCUAUCAACGGCUAGUAUUAGAGUUUAUGUUACAGAGAGUAGGACGAGGCGACAACAAGUCGACACGGCGCGUUGAUAACAUUAUUUCGGCUAACCUAGCUCGUGCCGUAACGCUAGCUAAGUUGGGAUCUCCCAAGUCUCGCCCAUUUGUGGAUCCUGCCCUAGCCAUUGGCUAAGGGCUAAUCAUCGGCCAAGUAGUCUGGAUUUCAGGGGGUCCGCUGGCACCACGAUGGAAAGUCUAACGCUUACUGAUGUCGAGCAGAAAUAUUACUCGGAUCUGUUCAUCUACUGCGACACGGACAACACCAAAAAAGUGGCUUCCAACGGGAGAGUUCUUGACCUUUUCCGGGCGGCCCAGCUACCCAGCGAAGUUGUCCUGCAGAUCACGGAGCUGUGUGGAGCCACUCGGCUGGGUCACUUCGGGCGGAGUCAGUUCUACAUCGCUCUUAAACUUAUUGCCGUUGCACAGUCCGGUCUGCCCCUGAGGGUGGAAAGCCUCAACUCGGUCAAAGACCUGCCGUUGCCCAGGUUCGUGGUGGGGAAGAACGAGGCAGAGGCGAGGCACGCGGCUCUGUACCAGGACUCAGACGCUCAGGGGCUGUACCCGACCUCUGCCGCUGCAGCGAUGCCCCGCCCACCAGGCAGGGGUUUCCAGAGCAAGAAAGGACCCCCAUCAUCCACUUCACUUCCUGGCCACGAGGUCAUCCAGCCCCUUGCACCCAGCAUAGAACCGCAGCCCGAACCGACGUCCCCCGUGGUCUCCCCUCACCAGUCUCCUCCCACCUCCCCUCCCUCGUGGAGGAAGCACCAGCGGCAGCCCAGUGGAGGAGCCACAGACAGACAGGCGGUGGUGGCUCCAGCCGGAGCUGUGUGGACGCACUUCAGAGAACCACAAGCAGGCCCAGCACCCGGUGAGGGAAUGUGGCCGUCCCACUCGCCCCCGGCUCCAGGUCAGGAAAGUUGGGUCAGUUUUACAGCAGACACCCCGCCAUCCAUCCCAGGAAUGCAUCCCUCGUCAGUCCAGGAAAGCACAACGAUACGAACGGUGGCCUCGGCAGCGAUGACCAACGAGAUCCAGCGGCAGUCCAGCGGCUACGACGACCCCUGGAAGAUCACAGACGAGCAAAGACAGUAUUAUAUUAACCAGUUCAAAACCAUUCAGCCAGACCUCGGCGGCUUCAUACCUGGUUCCGCCGCAAAAGAAUUCUUCACCAAAUCCAAACUACCAAUUUUAGAGUUGUCACAUAUUUGGGAGCUGUCAGACUUUGAUAAAGACGGAGCACUGACCCUAGACGAGUUCUGCGCUGCCUUCCACCUGGUUGUAGCCAGAAAGAAUGGCUACGACCUCCCAGAGAAGCUGCCAGAGAGCCUGAUGCCAAAGCUGAUUGACCUGGAUGACUCAGCAGAGGGCUCGGAGCAGACUGCUGACGUCGGAUACUCGGGCUCCCCGGUGGAGGUCACGCCCAGCAAGUCCCCCUCUAUGCCUUCACUCAACCAGGCCUGGCCAGAGAUGAACCAGAGCAACGAGCAGUGGGAGACGUUUAGCGAGCGUUCCUCCAGCUCACAAACUCUGACCCAAUUUGACUCUAACAUUGCACCAGCUGACCCUGACACGGCUAUCGUCCACCCGGUCCCCAUCCGGAUGACCCCCAGUAAGAUCCACAUGCAGGAGAUGGAGCUGAAGAGGACUGGCAGUGACCACAACCACCCGACCAGUCCUCUGCAGGCUAAACCUCCGGAACUGUCCGAAGAAACAAACCCACCCGCGUCCAUGAAGUUCGUAGCUGCCAACCCUGUAGGUGAUGGUUACAGCAGUUCAGACUCCUCUGACCAGGAGCCAACUACAAGACAAAGGUCUCAGUCGGGAACGUCUCCAGAGGCUCUGAAGGUGGUUGCCCCGCCUCCACCUCCACCCCGCCCCCACCCCUCUCACUCUCGCUCCUCGUCCCUGGACAUGAACCGCACCUUUGCUGCCACAGCUGUUGCAGGACAACCACCAUCCUCUACGAUAGCCUACCCGCCCGCUGUCCCCCCUAGACCGCUACCCACACAGACAUCGGCACCGCACACUGGGCAUCGGGCGGAGGCUGAAGGCACACCAGGGGGCGCUGCUGUGCUUACCAACGCCACCACCUCGCCCCACCAGAUUCCCCAGCAGCCCAACUUUGCAGACUUCAGUCAGUUUCAGGCCUUCGCUGCGUCCGAACAGCCUUCCAGCCUCCCGGAGGUCGAUGUGCACAGUGAGCCCGGCCAGGUGGAGAAGUCGUCGGAAGGAGCCGGCCCUUUAAGAACAGUCAAGAGUGACGGCCAAGCAGACGAGAGAGUCUCAUCUACUGUCAACUCUGUUAAAGCUUCUGGGUCUGGUCCACUUGCGCCUCCUCCAAAGCCCGUGAGGCGAAGGUUGAAAUCUGAAGACGAGCUUCGACCAGAGGACGAGCAACAUGGUCCGCAGAAAUCAAGCGUCAUAGCUGCGGUCCUGGCCACUCAGCCGUCCAUCCCCAGGUCUGUAGGAAAGGACAAAAAGGCCAUUCAAGCUUCGAUCAGAAGAAACAAGGAGACAAACACAGUGUUGGCACGACUUAACAGUGAACUGCAACAACAGCUGAAGGACCUGCUUGAAGAGAGGAUAUCCCUGGAGGUCCAGCUGGAGCAGCUCAGACCUUUCUCUCACCUUUAACCAAGAGUAAACUGCUGUAGUGAAGCAACGCUGUGGCCCUGGGCGGGACUCUCCCCCCCCCCCCCCCCCCCCCCCCCCCAUCCCUCUCUCCUCCUCCUUCUCCUCCUCCUCCUCCCACCAUUUGCCUGGAGGCUCCGUUAAAACUCUUGCGCUCAAUCACACACUUAAUUCACGAUAAAAACCCAGAAGGACCCGAGAGCACCGUCUCACCGCGAGGGUGGAGGAGGGGGCGGGGGGGGAGGAGGAGACUAUACACACUGGCACUUUUUGGAUUUUGGCUAAAGAGAAGUAAGCGUGAGGACGACAGUGACUGAAGAGGCGGCGUGGGGCGUCGGACAAGGCGCUCCGACUGUGACUGCUGUCUCAAGACAAACUGCUAGUGUCUGAUGAGGAAAGUAGGAGUGUGUCCGUCAUGAGUGUGUGUGUGAGAGAGUGAGACCGUGUGUAAUUGUGUUCCUGUUUAUUGACUUGCUUGAAUCUAGCACCGAUGUGUAAAGACUGCGGCACCAAACUCCUCUUCAAAUCAGGCAGAUUUAAAGAAGCAGUUGAGGACCUUUUGUGAAGUACACUUUUUGGCUUUCUUUCAUAGUUUGAGAAGAUCCAUAUCAAUCUUGUAUGUGGUCACAUGCUUAGCUUAGCAUAAAGACUGGAAGCACGGGGAAAAUGCUAACCAGGCUCUAUCCAAAGUUUAAAACUACAACUCUGAAGUUCACUCAUCAACCUGUCUUUGUUUAAAAACUAUAUAUAUAUCUUUGAGUUUAUUAUUAUUUCAAAUAAUCUUGCCAACAAAUCGAUCACUGUUACAUGCUACUACACACUUUAGAGGUUUUGAAAAAAUGAGAAGUUCUACAUGAGGAAUAAACAUCUGACACUGAGCAAGGAAUGUAAAAUGUACCUUUUUUGACUUGGGUUUGGUGGGUUCGGUCUUUCCAUUAAACAUACGGGCUUCUUCUGAACAGGACGUAUUGGUGUUUUUGUGAGGCUUUAAGUGGCCAAAUCAUGGUGAAGGCUUUUUAUUUUUUUUAAAAUUUGAAUUUGAAUUCAGCCCACUCUUGUUACUGCCCCUUGAAGUGUAUAUAUAUAUAUAUAUAUAUAUGUGUGUGUGUGUGUGUGUAUUUUAAUGACAUUAUGUGGUGAAAGAAUCUUUUUUUUUUUUUCCUCAGUAUGUAUAACUGUCCAAGGUUUGAUGUGACUGAAUGUGUUUUUUUUUUUUUAAUGCCAAAUGACUGAACUAUCGCUCUGUUCUGUCACUGCUACGUUUUUCUGUUGUUUUUUUGUUUGUUUUUUAAGAGAGAAGCAACCUCCUUUUUCUCUCGAGUCAUUUACAAACAGUGCAUCAACAUCUCUGCUUUCUUUUAAACACCUCAUUGUCUUUUUUACCUUCGCCUGGCAUUCAUCGAAACAGACUUGAAGGGUUUGAAGCUAAUCUGGCUGCUAGAAGGCAGGAUGCAGCGUCCAUGAAGGAUUGUGCUGCUCAUCGGAGAGAAAUCUUUGAAUCCCCCCCCCAUCAGCAAACACGUGCACAGAUCCAAGCUAAUGGGGCAGAUCAGCGUUGAUAAAGGUUGAAGAUUCCUAUUUUUCCCCCCAAUCAGGCAGUCGGCUCUAUGCAAGCACAUCUCAGACCAACGUUACUUCUGUUUGUGCUACGAUGGUAGCAACUGUGCUAACCGUGUACUCUUUAUCUUCCAGAACACCAUUUUCUGUAUGUUUGUGGUUUCAUUCUUGCCCCCCCCCUCCCCCCCUCCCCAGGAAGAGGGAACUCCAGAGCAGUGUCUUAUCACGACAGCAUCGCAAAUCUGCAAGAUGCAACUCUUGCUGGUCGUAGAUGAAGUUUAACAGGAUUAUAGUCCGAGACCAGUCAGCUGAACGGGAGACCUGAAUGACCCAACUGCACUUUGACCCCCCCCACCCCCCCUCUCCUCCUCUUAUUUCUAUUUCUUACGUUGCAUCCUUCUGCUUUAUUUCAAUUUCAACAGAUGAUAAUUAACCAUUCAAGUUUUGUCCUCUGUACACUUGAGUUUUAUUUGCGCCAGUACCCCGAAAGAUCCGGUCUUGUUUGGUUAAUUAUUAUUUAUAAAUGUUUUGUCUCCAGAGCUUCCUGCGUGUGUGUGCGUGUGUGCGCGUGCGUGCGUGUGAAUGUGAAGGAUCCAUCCUCUACUAAAGCCUUACCCCCCCGACUGGCGUUCAGGUUUCCACGGCGGCUGACUUCCUUGUUGUAUCAAGGGUUGCCUUCUUUUGUUCUGCUGUUGAGUAUGAUGAUGUACUCUGUGUGUGUGUGUGUCUGUAGUCUCCAGACCUGGAACUAACACCAUUUAAAACCGCUAGGUUUGCUAGCACAAGACCUCCCCCAUUCAUCUUCAACCCAAAAGGCGAUCCAGGCAGACAGGAGCAAUCGCAAAGUCUUUGGUGGGAUUUUGAAUGCUAUGUGCUCCCAGAGCUGCGCUGUAUAUUGUAAAUGAUACACACUUUUGAACCCAUAUGUACAUUUGCAUUAAUUGCUGACUAACAGCGAAAGAAUAUUCUAUUUAAUUUCUUCUCUCCUGGCUGUGGGAUCCUAGAUGUUUAACUGCAUGGAUGUACUGUAUCUCUGCAGAGUCAACUAGCAGCUGUGUGAUUUUUACACAAAAAUAAAAACGGCACAAUAUUUUAAAAACGGCUCUUUUGUGUUACGUGUUGACAAAAGCCUCCUUUUCACUCUUCGACAACAGAACCUUCUGCCGAGGUUGCCGCAGUCCAUGAUAUUGCUUUCUGUGCUAUUUUUAAA